GUCAGCCAGACAGGACAGCUGAAUCGCAACUUCUAACGCAGACUCAUACAGAGUCUUUGAUUUCUGAGUGAAUUAACUUAAGAAAGCGCAUCGACAAAACGCUUUACCAUCAACGUGUACCGAGGGCAACUCUGGACCGGUUCGCGGCGCAUCUUUGUCUUCUUUGCCAGCCAAGGUGCCCUGGAUGAAACAUCAUCCUAAGGUGACGUCCCGGGUCCAACAGGGGGUCCGAUUUUCGCUCAGCAGAUGGCGGAAAUGCACCUACAAGCUAGGUGCCACCCGCCAUUAAAGAACAGAAGAAGAAGAAGAAGCCCCCCUACCCCAGAACUGGAAUGGUUCAGUCCGGAACUCAAACCAAAUUACUGCGGGAAGCUGACUUUGCUCGCGCGGCAGAAAUCAACAGGACGAGCGCAAUGAGCGCCAGAAAGAGAAGAGCCCAAGUCCGCCCCGGCCCGCAGGAGCAGAACCAGGUAGGAAGAUGUAGAACCGAUAAAACAGCGACUAGACGCUUAAACGGCUCUGGUGUUCAGGUGGGUUCUCCUGACCGGUCUGCCAUCGACACAGCCAUCUUCAUGGAGGGGCUGCGGUGCAACCACUGUAAACCACUGCACAGCACAGCCAUGGAGGAGGAGUUGGACCUCCCAGAGACAGGUGGAGCCGCUGAGGAGAUGGAGCAGGGGGGCACCAGGACGAGGAGAAAAACCAGACCAGCUGAGAUUCUGCAGCAGGAGGACGAGGAGAGAGAAGCUGGAUCAGAAACCGUCUUUCAGGAGGAGCAUGAAUCUGGUGGAGUCCAGCAUUGCCACAGAGGGCUUCUGACCUCUGAUGAGGAAGAGGGCGAAGAAGACAUCUGGGUACCAAACGCAAAGAAGACUAGAGUGCUGGGACUUGGUGGGCCUGUAAAGUCCUCCUAUAGAGGCUCAACGUCUAGAAAGCCAGGCAGAGCACCAGCUGGAGAUGAAGCCAGCAGGCACAGACAGAAGACCAGGCCCUUGGCACGGAAAGGAACCCAUUUUCAGGUGGUUCUAGAUGCCUUCCUGGGUUUCUGUGACCAGUACAGUGAGACUGUGGAGUCUGCAGCAGUCAAACAGUCCGUCCGCUGUUUCUCCGAUAACGUCCGAGAGCAUCUCCUGGAACAGAUCUCUAACUUUGAGAAGGUUCAGGCGAGAAAAAGAAAGAACACCAAGGUGGGGUCACUGAUUCACACAAAGACACAGAGGCUGUUGGAAGUAAAACAGGAGCUGAUGAGGGCAGAGAGGCAGCUGUGGCUGCUCCAGAAGGAGGAGACUGGACUCCAACAGAGACUAGCUGACCUGAAGCAAGGCCAGGCCUUCCUCCAGAACAUCAGAAGACUUCACUCGCUCUACCUGGAGCGCCGCGCUGACAAAGAGACGGUAAAGUAUGGAGCCUCCAGCUUAGCAGCUCUGCUGUUGGAGACGAGUCUGGCUCAGGAGGCAGGUCAUCAGCCAUGAAGAUGAGAAGGCGGAGCUGCUCCAAGCACAGCUCCGUAUGUGGUGUCGUGUUCAGCAUAUGGGGGGGAGAUGUUCCUGUUACUUAUAAACCUUUUAUAACAAAUAAAAAGGAUUUUGUUCAACCCUACAA